AUGGAAAGUCAGAGGAAUGUAUCAGAAUUCAUUCUCAUGGGCCUUUCUUCUGACCAAAACAUUCAAAUAUUUUGCCUAGUGUUCUUAUUUUGUUAUCUUUCCAUCUUGGUGGGAAACCUUCUGAUCCUCAUCUCUAUUGGAUGCAGUUCUCUUUCUCACCAACCCAUGUACUAUUUCCUCAGUCACUUAUCUUCUAUGGACAUCUGCUAUACCUCCUUUGUGACACCCAAACUGAUUGGUGACCAGCUAGUGGGAAGAAACACCAUCUCCUAUGGCUACUGCAUGUGGCAGGUUGUUGUGAUGCACUUCUUUGGAUUGAUUGAAGUACUAAUCCUGACAGCCAUGGCCUUUGAUCGCUGUGUCGCCAUCUGCAAACCUCUGCACUACAAGAUAAUCAUGAGCAGAACCAGGUGCAAUGUCCUGAUCUUGGCUGCUUGGGCUGGUGGAGCUGUCCUCUCCUUUUCCCAGUUCUGUAUGAUUAUCCAGUUGCCCUUUUGUGGUCCCAACACAAUUGACCACUACUAUUGUGACAUUUUUCCUUUGUUGAAAAUUGCCUGUACUGAUACCUACCUCACUGGUGUCUUUAUGGUUGCCAAUUCAGGACUGGUUGCCUUGGUAACAUUCAUUCUCUUGUUUGGGUCUUAUGUGGUCAUUCUAUUCACACUGAGAAAUCACUCAGCAGAGGGGAGACGCAAAGCCCUCUCUAAUUGUGGGUCUCAUAUCACUGUGGUCAUCUUAUUCUUUGGACCUUCCAUAUUUGCCUACCUUAGACCCCCUAACACUUUCCCUGAGGACAAAAUCUUUGCUCUGUUUUACACCAUUAUUGCUCCCAUGUUUAAUCCCCUCAUCUACACCUUGCGGAACACAGAGAUGAAAAAGGCUAUGAGAAAAGUUUGGUGUCAAAAAGUAAUUUUAGAAGAAAAACAUAAUUGA